AUGAAACCAGUUGUACCAACAUUUUAGUUAAAGAGGCCAUGUUGAUAUUUUCUUUCUUUUUUCGUCUUGUACCGACUCACAUGUAUUUGAGAACGAUAAACGGUGUUGAAAGGAAUCACGAGAAAUAUGGUGGAUAGAGAAGAAUUUUAACUAUCAGUGUAUUUUUGAUUUGCAAUAUUGUUGGACUAAAAUAUAAAUAUCAAUGUGGUGCUAGCUCAGGAUAAAGCUUUGCGAAAAUGUCUUCAAUGCAUUUCGUUGUUCAUCCCUUACCUGGGACAGAGGAUCAACUAAUAGAUCGUUUGCGAGAAGUUACUGAGAGAUGGAAUAGAUUUGGCACUGGGGGCGGAUCACCCGCACUUAGCUCCUUGCGAGGAGUGCGCUCCGUUGCUGCUGGACCAGCUCAUAUUGCCUGCCUUCUUGAAGAUGGGACAAUAUGCAGAGCUGCAUUUUCAAUCAUACCUGACAGAUUGGAUUUGAGUAAAGCAGACGCAAGCAAAAAUAAUGGAAAUGGUGGUGGUGGAAGUGGCGGAGGUGGGAAUAGUGGAGGAAAACAAGGCGGAAGCAGCAGUAGCUGUGGUUCCAGACAACAACCUCGCACUAGAGCAAGAAUUAUGAGGAACUCUAUUCGAGCUGCACCAAGCUCUCAAGGAUCUACAAGUCGUGCAACCGGGGUUAUUAUAGGCGCAUCGGGAUCUAGCCGUGUUGUGUCAGCAGUGCCUGCCCCGUUUGUUCCCGAAGACCUUGUAACACAAGCUCAAGUGGUGCUACAAGGAAAGAGUAGAAGCCUCAUAAUUCGUGAAUUACAGAGAACAAAUCUGGACGUGAAUCUGGCAGUGAACAACCUGCUGUCCCGUGACGACGAAGAAGGUGAAGAGCCGGAGAACGGCGAGGGCGGCGAUGGCUACGUGCCCGAGGACCUGAUCUCCCUCCUCGAUGGCGGGUUCCACGCCAGUCAGCAGGACCAGUCGGUGAUCAUCGAUGCUGAUGCGAUGUUCUCUGAGGACAUCUUCGGGUACGCGGCUAUCAGAAGCCGCAGUGGGGGCGGCAGCGCUGGAAGGGCUGGUGCUUCCCGGGAAGGAAGUUCGGCCCAGGAUAGAACCUCGGAGUUCAGCCGCUGGAGGGAGAGGCAGUACUUUGGACCUCGGCGUUGGCUUGAGACCGCGUUACGGGAUAAUUCCUGGGAUAAGGAAGGAGUUGAAAGUAAGAAGAAAGAUUCAGCAAUGGCAGCGUCACCUCUUUGGGUAUCCGAAGAUUUGGAGUACUGGGACACUAACAUUCGUUUCACCCAUAUUGCGGCCACCUAUAGUGAAUUGAUUGCUGUCUCCACAUAUGGACAGAUACACCAAUGGCGCUGGGCGGAUCCACAUCCAUACCAGAGGACUGAUGCACUGGGCAAUGGGUCGUACCACCCUCGCAGCAACUGGCUUGGUUUAGCUCCAGGCGAAAGAGUCAUCAACAUAAAUGCGGCCGGUAUUAGGAUCUCGAUUCUGACGGAUGCUGCACGUAUUGCUACGUUUUUGGACGAGUCUAUUGCUCACGCUCCCGGAGCUACACGCUUAGAACACCCACUACAGGCGUUCACCGAGUUUGGCUCAGACAAGCCGAUUUCGCUUCACGUCUGCUCCUUAUAUACAGUGGCGAAACUGGAUUCAGGAGCCCUCUAUUGGUGGGGCGUAUUACCUUUGGGUCAACGGGCUCGCCUAUGGGAGAAGCACCGCGCACGUUCCCGUAAACAGCAGCGAGGACAUUCCUCAUCAGCGCCGCAAGACUUGCAGGCCGGCCAAAGUGUUACUAUGAAGAAUGCUCCCAUGUAUCAGCCGGGGGCUAUUGGAUUCAACAUGUCAACUGGAGUUCCAAAAGUUGGUAUUCUCCAAAAUGCGGCCUGGAAUCUGUCAGACACGUGUCGGUUCAAACUUCUGCCGGCGCCUCAACCCGAUCGAUCCAUUUCUGAAAAGGAUAAGAGGGAUAUGCAGAAUCAGUCUCCAUUGACGGUGUCGUCUGUGAAGGCGUCAUCGUCGAGCAGCUCAAACAAAGACCCAGCGAAGGACAGCAACAAAGAUAUGGCAGAUCGCCUGGACAUGCCUCCACCGCCCAGUCCUGCUUCAUCGACCUGCAGUGAUACUAGUACAUCCCAUAAGCGUGCAAAGCGCGUGACGGUCCGCGGCGAGGAAGGUUCAUCCAACGAUGGAACGAAACGCGACGAAGAGGAAUGGCCCCUCAAAGAAGUGGUGUUCCUUGAAGAUGUGAAGAGCGUUCCACUCGGACGGGUUUUAAAGGUCGACGGCGCAUAUGCGGCUGUCAGAUUCCCAUCGGUUGGCAAAGAUGGAAAGGAAAUUGUACCAACGCCCGAUGAUUGGACGACGCUGCUGCAGGACUGUCGGUUAGUAAGGAAAGAUGACUUGGUCGCUGUGAAGUGGGGAACUGGAGGAGCUGCCGGUCCACGUGGCCCGGAUUGUCUUCAGCGUAUGCCGAGAAAGAUCUCGUUACCUCCAGAAUUGCAAGUUAUUACUAUUGCGGUGGAUAAUCGUGGCGUACACGCCGUUGUACGUAGACCGGGCGGUGCGUUAGCGUACGCGGUGUACGCUGUGGGAACGACGCGAGCUCUCACAGAUAGCGUAUUCCCGACGGACCACACAGCUCUAUUGGGACACUCAAAUGGACAUUCUAUACAACUCACUACCGCUGCGGAAGGCAGCGAACCAGUGGUAAUGAUGCUAGACGGCAACAACGCCCUUUACCCCAUAGCACGUGACUGCGUGGGAAUGGUUCGUGAACCGCCGCCAUUGAACCUCGCGCCCGCCCGAGCGAUCACUGCGCACGCGUUGCCUCUGCACCCACACGGCGCGGCUCAUUCCUCUCACGCGCCGCUUAAGUCCCAGGUUGCACUAAUAAUAAUAGUCCCCGAGCCUCAACUGAUGAUGCCGCGAGUGCUGCGUUGUGAUCUCGAUGGACUUCGGCAGUUGUUGCAUCAACUCGAAACUGAUAAUAACAAGCAACAAAUAUUAUCAAUUCUUCAAGAGCGUUGUGAUGGCAAUAGAAAUAUUUUACACGCGUGCGUUCAUAUGUGUUCGCCAACGUCAAACAAGGAGCCUGAUAUAGUAGAUAAUCCAUCAGUGCCUACAGUUCCGAACCCCUCAAGCGCAACUAACAAUGAAGAAGCUGUUCCCGCUUUGUCCUGGCCUCCGGAGACCUUUGAAGCGUCGGGGGAUGAAGAUAGCUUGAUGGGAAUCUCCAAUAACAAAAUGUCGAACAGCGGUAACGGGGCUGUGAGCGCGGAUCCAGUUGAGAGGCGUGGCAAUGCGCUCUCCGCCUUGAGGGCCCUUUGCGAGAGUACUGCCUUGCAACCAUAUCUGUUGCAACUUCUAACUGCCAAGGAUGGCAUGGGUCAAACACCUCUAAUGGCUGCCGUAGCCGAACGAGCGUAUCGGGCGGCCUUAGCCAUAUUGGACGCAAUACGCGCGUGUGACGCGGACGAAACUCAACGGUCGGCGGCCAUUUUCCCCCCCAACGCCCAUCCAGAUCAUUCGCCGUUGUUGGUACUCUGCUGCAAUGAUACAUGCAGCUUCACGUGGACCGGACAGGAUCACAUUAAUCAGGACAUUUUUGAAUGCAAAACAUGUGGUCUCACCGGGUCACUGUGUUGCUGUACUGAAUGUGCUAAGGUGUGCCACAAGGGACAUGAUUGUAAACUGAAGCGCACGUCUCCGACUGCGUACUGCGAUUGUUGGGAGAAGUGCCGCUGCAAGGCGUUGGUGGGCGGGAGUUGGACCGCGCGUUGCGAUCUCCUGGCCAGGCUCGCUAGGGAGACACAAUUGGCUACACACUUCAAUUCUAGAGGUGAAUCGAUCCUUCUGUUCCUGGUACAAACUGUGGGUCGUCAAGCCGUGGAACAGCGUCAGUUCCGUGCUGGAAGUGGUCGUGCCCGUGCACCGCGGAAACAGCCUGGCUCUGAUGCUGAGCUGGAUGUGCCGGACCACGACUUGGAGCCACCGAGAUUCGCUAGAAGGGCACUGGUACAUUUGUUGGGCGAUUGGGCUGCGGUAGAAGCGGCAGUGAUGUGCGGCUCCAGCACAAACGAAGAAGCGUCGGCUUCUCACCAGCAGUCUGGUACUACGCUAUUGGACAAGUUCACCCAUGCGCUUAUAGUCAAGUGUACAAAUGAGAUGUUGGAUACGCUCCUACACACAUUGAUAAGAGAGCAGAAGAAUGACACGAUACCGGGACGUGCGGAACGCGCUCGUGAGGUGACGCGACGGUUCGUGCGUUCGGUCGCGAGGAUAUUUGUUAUAUUCAGCGUGGAAAUGGCUCCAGGAGCUUCGAAGAAAAAGGGGCCAGUUUCAAUAACCUCGUCUCUGGUGCGUUGUCGGCGCGUUUUCGCCGCUCUAGUAGCGUUAGCCGUCGAGGAGCUCGUUGAAGCGGCCGACGCUCUAUUGGCUCCAGUGCGACUUGGGGUCGUUCGUCCCACCGCCCCGUUCCCAUUGGCCACUACGUAUGUGGAUUUGGUCAACGGUAGCGAAGAUCUGUUUGGUGUGGAGCCACUGUCGACUGGACAUCCGCGGUCGUCGCGAAGAGAAUCAGCAACCAACGGCAAUCGUGCAACAGCAACAGGCGGUACGUCGAUCGGCAGUUCGACCCUCGUGCGCUCGUCUACGCCCGUAGCGACGGAAUACGCGGAUGAUGUGGCAGGUGAAGCGUUGGGGGGAGAUGAUGAUGCUUCGGAAACUGAUGAACCAACGGCACCAACUCAGCAGCAGGAUGUACAGCAUGAUGAUCCUAUGGGCGACAGGGGAGCUGAUCACGUGGUGGUCGAAAAUGGAACAGAAAGAGCUGAGGGCGGGGAGAGUGAGAGUGAACUGGAUAUGCUCGCUGAGGUGGAGACUGAGAGUGAUUCAGAUGAUCAAGAUAAUGCAGAAUCGGCCCAACGCAGCGUACAGACUGGCGCCACGCAAGGUUCGGAUGCCGGAAUAGCGUCGCUGUUAUUGUACCCAGAGGAGGAAAGUGGGGAUUCCACUCAGCCAGAAGACGAGGACUCGGAGGCUGGGGAAACUGACGAGCAGGAGGGAGAGUCGGAACCUCAGCUCCACGAUGGAGAGACCCUGGAGAGAAGGGCGGCACCGCCAACUAGGACUAAUCUAGCGCCGCAUUCUAUGCAGUGGGCCAUACGUUCUCGCGAAGCCCUCCGCGGCGGUAGUAGUGGAACGAGCGGGGUAAGACUGACGGGUGCCUCUUCUCUGGUCUUCAUUGACCCGGCGUCUUUGCGCCGUUCGGCCGGAGUGGCAGCUGCCGGAGCUCACGACCCCCAUUCUACUUCCACCACGGCCGCUUUUCUUGCGAGGGCUUUUGGUAUCGUAAUUCGUCAAAUUGCUGAUCUUCUAUGGGAAUACGAGCGCGCUCCAUUGCCGCUUACGCGUAUGCUACCGUUCGCCUAUACUGAUGCAUUGCGUCUUCAGUGUUACUUGGAGAGACAACUCAAGCCCACCUGGGAUUGGCUGGUCACCGUUAUGGACGCCACUGAGGCUCAACUUAGAUUUGGAGCAUCAUUAACCUCCAACAAUGCAAGUACAUCCACAGCGGAGCCAAGCAGAGCGGCCGCUCCGACCACUCGCAGAGCGACUUCUUUUACCACACCCGCUUCAAGAAUUAUAGGAUUUUCUGAAGCGCCACGGGUUAGGGAUCGUGAUCAAGGCGUGGAAGCCGGUAGCGCAAGACGCGAGUUCCUCGCAUACUGUUUGUCCCUUCUACGUGCACAUAGCGCUGAGCACGCGGAACAACUGCCCGUACUGGAUGUGGCCGCACUCAAGCACGUCGCGUACGUACUCGACGCACUCGUCUAUUACAUGAGAGCUGCGCAGCCGCAGCCGCAUCAUCAUCACCAUUUGUGGACACCGGAUGAAAAUGAAAACGAGGAAGGUGAAGAAGAAAUGGUCGUAGGUGGCAGCACUGCGGCAGAAUCUGACAAUGAGGGGGAGAAUGGACGAGGAAGGCAACACUCGUUCUUCCAGAGAACUGAUUCCACGCUUUGCCUUGGCUGUCCGCCACCCGAUCCAUUUAAUAUGACAAUGCAAGACGCUCUGCCAUUGGCUGAUCAGCCCCAACUAUUGCAACCCAACGCUAGGCGCGAAGAACUCUUUGGAAUGCCGCGACAACCCGUCACUGUGCCGCCCUCUGGUGAUGGACCACCGGGGACUAAUAACCCACUUGAAGUUGUGCCUCGUCGCCUAGGGCUCUCCAGCCGAGGCCCGGAACGUGGAGCUUCGCCUCCAGCCCGUCCCGCUUCGGCCCCUCCUGCGCAUACGCACACGCACAUACUAUCCAGAGACGAACCACAGGAUCUAUCGUGUGCCAAAGAUACAGUGUCAAAAAUGGAUAUGGAUACGGACGGGGAAUACAUAUCGGAUUCUGACUCUAAUGAAGCUAGACAAAUUACAAGGAAAAAACAUCAUCGGCACCCACACAUGUCCAGUAGCAAUCAAAUGCACGACUCGAACUCGUCAAGCUCAGAGUUCCAUACGCUAGUGAAUACGGCUUGCUCCAUCAUGGAAGGACCGCAUCAGCAGGGGCUUAGCAUUUCACCAUCUCCAGGUCCAAGUGGUCUCAACACAGCGCAAGAGCCGCGCGCCUCUUCAUCAAGAAGUCCCGGAAAAUCCGUUAUUGUACGUGCUAGCCGCGAACGUCAAGGUGAAUUGUUGAGUGUGGCCGACCCGCUGGAAUCGCAAGAGAUCUCUGCGCACGUGACAGUUGAAACUACUGGAUUGCCCCCUCCGCCGCCAUUGCCGCAGCCCAAUGCGCCUGCGCAGCCGCGCGCAUGUCCAUCCCUCGGUGCGUCAGUAUCGCACGACCUGUUAUUGGGCAGAUGGCGUCUGUCGCUUGACCUGUUCGGACGUGUGUUCACUGAAGAUGUGGGAUUGGAACCGGGAUCUGUGGUAUCUGAACUUGGUGGAUUCCCCGUCAAAGAGGUGAAGUUCCGAAGAGAUAUGGAGAAGUUGAGGACAUCAGCGCAGAAGGAUUUGACACUGCAUAAGAUGGAACGCGAACGUACGAAAUUACUUCAACAAACGUUCGCGGAACUAAAUAGUGCGUUUGCGGGACAGAAUCGUCGAGCUCUCGGCGCUUUACCGCAACUCACGGUUAAUAGAGUCAAGGUCACGUUUAGAGAUGAACCUGGGGAAGGCAGUGGUGUUGCCAGGUCUUUCUAUACGAGUGUAGCUGAGGCUCUUCUAGCAAAUGAGAAGCUACCGCCGUUUGAGCCCAAAGCAGGCAACGUGACCAAUAAUAGCGCUGCGAACGGAACUUCUGGUUCCGCGGGUGGCGCUGCUAGUGGGGCUAGCACUAAUAGUGGAGCUCGCAGUAGUAGUGGUGCAAGUCGUGCACGGACGAAAGACACGGCCAGGCGUGGAGCAGCCAGACCAGCUUCCAGGCCUUCAUCACGAGAACCAAGGAGGGUUCUCAGCGUUGAUGCACGGCCUUAUUCGCCACAGGGUGCUCCUGGGGGUGAGAGCGCGGGCUACAGCGGCGAAAGAUCAAGCGGACACAACGAACACCUCACCGUUCAUCAGGCUCAGUUAGGCGAGAGACUGUAUCCAAAGGUUCAUUCCCUACACCCAACGUUCGCGGGCAAGAUUACGGGGAUGCUGUUAGAACUGACGCCUGCUCAAUUGCUCGUGUUGCUCGCAAGUGAAGACGCGCUCAGGCAAAAGGUUCGGGAGGCCAUGGAUCUCAUCGUUAUGCACCCAUCAGAGGCGAUACUCGAUCUCGAUGUAUUCUCUCUAUCGGAGCGUGGCGGGGGCGCAGCCCUAAACCCUACGAGCGCUCUCUCGGCCCCUGACGACGCAGCUCCGCUGUUCUACUCCCCUGGCAAGAGAGGGUAUUAUUCCCCUCGCCAGGGUAGAGCUACUCCAGAGAGGAUUAACGCUUUUAGAAAUGUUGGAAGAAUAAUAGGCCUAUGCCUCCUGCAAAACGAGCUAUGUCCAAUGUUCCUGAACCGUCACGUCCUGAAAUAUAUCCUGGGCAGGAAGAUACGCUUCCACGAUCUGGCAUUCUUCGAUCCAGUGGUCUACGAGAGCUUGAGGCAGCUCGUGGUGGACGCGGAAACUGGCGACUCUCACACGCUUUUUGCGGCGCUUGAUCUCAAUUUUAGCCUUGAAAUGUGCGAAGAAGAAGGCGGUGGCUGCGUAGAGUUAUUGCCCGGCGGACGAGAGAUCGAAGUGACCGCGUUGACCGUAUACGACUACGUGCGGAAGUACGCGCAACAUCGCAUGGUCAUAUCUCAGGAGAAGGCAUUAGAGGCUAUGCGAGUGGGAGUCCUGGACGUGCUUCCCGAAUCGGCCCUAGAAGGCCUAACCGCGGAGGACUUAAGGCUGUUGCUGAACGGUGUUGGCGACAUCAACGUGGCAGCGCUGGUGUCGUACACGGGCUUCAAUGACGAGAGCGGGGAACCCCCGGAACGACUCGCCAGAUUCAAACGCUGGCUCUGGGCUAUAGUUGAUAAGAUGACGCAUUUGGAAAGGCAGGAUUUGGUAUACUUUUGGACCGGAUCGCCAGCUCUGCCAGCAUCAGAGGAAGGCUUCCAGCCGAUGCCUUCAGUGACAAUCAGACCAGCCGACGACGCCCACCUGCCCACGGCCAACACCUGCAUCUCCCGUCUCUACAUACCUCUGUAUUCCUCGCGACACGUUCUCAAACAUAAACUAUUACUCGCUAUUAAAACUAAAAACUUUGGCUUCGUCUAGAAUAGUUUUAGUACGACUCAUUUAUCGAUAUCAAAGAGAUUUAAAUAUUUUAAUUGUAUGUAAAAUUACAUAUAUCUUUUACAUAACUAUACAUAUGUUUUCAUUGCAAGCAAGGCUACCCUGUAAAAUACCGAUUUUUUAUAGUUGGCGUUGGUACAUGUGUACUAUCUGAACAGUCUCGCUACUAUGUAAAUUGACUUAGUUGGCACUUUGUUUUCUCAAAUCACAUAUAAUAUAGUCAUCUCAUAAGCUUAAUUAUAAAUGUCUGCUAUAUUUAAAUCUCUUUGCAUUAUAUAUAAUUGAAUGCUAUGCAUACAGUUGUAUUAUUUAUGCUGAAUUCAUGUGACAUUGAUUUGGUUCGCACAAUACUUAGACCGUUCAAUACGUUUCUGGUGAAGUAUAGUUUUCUGAAUAUCACCCGAUGGUUGCAUUGGAUUACUUUUUCUAAAGGUUUAUAUAUAAAUCAAAAUGUCACUUUUAUCUAUUGUACCUGUUGUACUUAGGUCAACUGCGUUUUCAAUAAUUUAUAUGCGAAUAGAAAAGCUUUGUUAAUAAAGAUCUUAGAUUACAAUGGGUACUAUUUUAUUGGGUUCAGAUAGACGGCGAAUUCCAAUAACUAUGAUUCAUGUGAUAAUGGAGGAAGUAUGCGCCUCUAUCUAUAAAUUUAAGGUUAUAAUAGUUUUCAUUUUGAUUAGUUAAGGUUCUUAAUAAAUACUUCCUAAAAUGCUUA